CCCUCAGCUCCCCCCGACAUGGCGCUGAGGCGGCGGCUCCGACUUCGGCUCUGCCCGCGGCUGUCGGACUUCCUUCUGCUGCUGCUUUUCAGGGAUCUUGUGUGGGUAACCACAGCUGCUGUGAGUUGGUGUGUGCAAUGGCCAUGUCAUGUCCAGAAGUCAACAUUUCACAGGUCUCCUCCCCAUCUGCCAGCGUUUACGUUCUUUCCACCCCCGACUUUCACAACAUUCCCUGAGCGUAUGGUGGAAGGCUGCUUGGUAGAGGCAGUGAAUCUCAAAUCCAGCAAUCGAAACCCAGUGGUUCAUGAAUUUGAAAGUGUGGAACUGUCUUGUAUCAUUACGGACUCACAGACAAAUGACCCUAGGAUUGAAUGGAAAAAAAUCCAAGAUGGCCAAACCACAUAUGUGUAUUUUGACAACAAGAUUCAAGGGGACCUGGCAGGCCGUACAGACGUGUUGGGGAAAACUUCCUUGAGGAUCUGGAAUGUGACACGGUCAGACUCGGCUCUCUAUCGCUGUGAGGUUGUUGCUCGAAAUGACCGCAAAGAGAUUGAUGAGAUUACUAUUGAGUUAAUUGUACAAGUGAAGCCAGUAACUCCGGUCUGCAGAGUACCGAAGGCUGUGCCUGUAGGCAAGACAGCGACACUGCAGUGCCAGGAAAGCGAGGGCUAUCCCCGGCCUCACUACAGCUGGUACCGCAACAAUGUGCCACUACCUACAGAUUCCAGAGCCAACCCCAGAUUUCGCAAUUCCUCUUUUCUCUUAAACGCUGAGACAGGCACUCUGGUUUUCAGUGCUGUCCACAAGGAGGACUCUGGGCAGUACUACUGCAUUGCUUCUAACGACGCAGGUGCAGCCAGGUGCGAGGAACAGGAGAUGGAAGUCUAUGACCUGAACAUUGCCGGGAUUAUUGGGGGAGUCCUGGUCGUCCUUGUAGUCUUGGUCCUGAUAACAUUGGGCAUCUGCUGUGCAUACAGACGUGGCUGCUUCAUUAACAAUAAACAUGAUGGAGAAAGUUACAAGAACCCAGGGAAGCCUGAUGGAGUUAACUAUAUCAGGACAAAUGAGGAGGGCGACUUCAGACACAAAUCGUCCUUUGUUAUCUGAGACCUGGCAGCUGCUGGGAGAGCACAUGCAAAUACCUCUGUUGGAAACUACAGUCAAGGCUGGCUGUGAACCCAGGGCACCUGGACAGAGCUAGAGAUGCAGAAGCUUUUUGUUUUGGCCAAAGUUGACUACUGCUUUCUUACUUUCUAACAAGCCACAUGAAUAAAAGAAUCUUCUUCGAGAUGGGCAUAGUAGCUACCAAGAAAAGUGGAACGAGUUCAGUUGUGUCCCGAGUCUGUGCUGGCCUUAUUCCCACAUGGGAUUAAGGUGAUCGUCAAGGUCUUUCUGCUACCUUGGGCUUUUUAGCAGCCAGGACAACACUGGCCAGGAGAGGACAAGGUGCUGUGCUACAGCAGCAGCAAUGUGAGCAUGGCAUGAAGCCUGUUCCAGGCAGUGCUUUGCUCCAUGGGCCCUGACUUACCAUCACUGCCUCUUCAGGGCUCUGUUGAACAUCCAGUAUUGUCACGUCCACUCUGAAGAAUGUUUGGAUCGGCAUUUUAUAAAAACCCAAAUCAGAAAGGUAAAUCGCUUGUUGGAAGAGAGAUCUUAUCCAGGGGAGCCCUCCCUGUCCAAGAGGUGUCAGGAUUUAGGGAAAACCAUUGUCUUAAUCUAAGUCUGAAAUGGUACUGAAAUAUGCUUUUCUAUUGGUCUUGCUUAUUUUAUAAAAUUUUAACAUUCUAAAUUUUGCUAAAGAUGUAUUUUGAUUAUUGAAAAUUUCUAUAUAAACUGUAAAUAUAUUGUCAUAUAGUGUUUUAAAACCUAUUUUUUUAAGAUUUCAACUUAAGGUAGAAGGUUCAAGCUACUAGUCUUAAAUUGGAAAAUAACAAGAAUAAAGUCUUUGACUCAAGGAAUUCCCUUAA